ACGAAGUUGAUCUCCGUUAAUUCGACAGGUGACCCCUGCUUUGGCUUUGUGACGCAUGUCACCUCUACCUGCAAGUUGUUUUAGACGUUUUGGACUUCGUUAACUUCUGCUAUCGAUUGAUAGCAGGUUAGUUGCUAAGGGCUUGAUGCGAUCUCUGGGGUGUUUUGGUUGCAUGCUUGUCGAGUGCAAUGGACAAGCUACAUGAGGGGACUAUAAGAAGGACAACCUGAUGCUGCACGAUCAUAUCACCUGAUUUUAUUCUCUAUCUUUCUACACCCCUUUCGUCUAUAUCUAUCUUGGACCAUGAGAGGAGUGUUAGGAUCUUGCUUGUUUGUUUGUCUAGUUGGACGUUGGUCCUGAACCUGGAAUUCGAGGUCCUUGUCUAUGACAUUCCAGGUUUCUGUCCAGCAGGGACCAGCACAAAAGGGUUCCUCCUUAUAUGUUGGACAAUUACGCUUUGCCCAUCGUCAUGCGCUGCCUAAAGCUAGCACACGUUCCACUCCCAAGUCCUCAAGACCAGGUACCGACGUGUUUAGCGUCGAGAUCCCGCUUGAUCUGUUAUACACGGGAGGCAAGAAGUAUGUCACAGUGAUGAAGAAGAAAGGGCCACAAUUAGCAAUGCCAUCGCUGCAUGCAGCUUACUCCCAUUUGCGGCCAUCGUCGUCCCCUUCUGCUCGGGAUGGUGAUUGCGAAGGAGGAGGAGGAGGGGAGAAGGUGUGUGCUUUCUCCACAAGCAUUGCGAAGCCUUGGACCGAAUGGGACCACCACGGAACAGAGACGUGGAAGACGGGAACAACAGAGGAGGUAACCGUCAGAUUACAGAUCCGCAAAGGGUCAGUGCACGGGACAAGAAUCAUUGGGACGACAAAGACGAAAGGGGAAGAGAAAAGCCAAAGGAGCGAAAUGGUGGGACCAAAAAAGUACAUGGGAAAAAGUGCAGAAGAGGAGGAGGAAACGGGAGGGGGAGAAGGGGAGAUGAAAAGGGGAGGAGGAGGAGGACGAGGAGGAGGAGGAGGAGGAGGAGGAGUCAGCAAAAUGGUAUUCGUGCUAAAACCACCCAUCAUGCAAUCAUUCAAAAUUGAGUUGUCUAGACAGUUGAGGGAAGCAAGGCAAAGUCUGAGAGAGACCAGAUGGCUAAGACGGACAAGGACAAGGCUCUAUGACCGUGUUAACACUGCACCUUCCAGGGGGUCCAUUACAAGCCCAUAUUUGAUUGACAUUUAACCAC